ACACACACACAAAAAAAGGAAAAAGAAAAAAGUAGAGAGAAAAGAUGCAUACAAACAAAACAAGAAAAAGGCAAAUAUACUGUCAAGCACUCUAGCAUAGCACGAUCCGUUGGUUUUGAGAGACAAUCUGCCGAAAGCCCUCUUCUUUUCCCGUUCCCGAUUUAGGGUUCUAUCUCUCCACCCCUAAACGCUUCCGUUCUGCACCAUUGCAUUCCAAUUUUAUCAGGACGGAGGUGGCGGGUAAUUAAUUCUUGAUUUUGCAACUUUUUAUGCUAAGGUUGGUGCACAAAUGGGAGUUGAGUUCUGCAAGAACCCAGAUUAGUUGUUCAGUUCUUUGAUUAAUUCUUAGUGAAUUAGCGAAUAAUAAGUGGAUAAGUGUGUUUAAUUAGUUUUUCUUCCCUUUUUCUGUGGGAAUAAUUAGUUGGUUUUUUGAAAUUGUGUGGGAUUGAUUAUGGAUAAAGGGAUUGAGAAUUUGAUAUCUGCUAGAAAGUUGUUGAAAGCCAAUGUGGAGAAGUCCAAAGCUUUAGGUUUGUCUUUAGAGAAAGCUGGACCUAGGCUAAAUGAGAUUAAUCAAAGAUUACCAUCGUUGGAGGUGGCUAUCCGGCCUAUACGGGCUCAACGGGACGCCCUUAGCACUGUAGGUGGCCACAUUAAUCGAGCUGUGGUUCCAGCAGCUGCGGUUCUUAAGGUUUUUGAUGCCAUUCAUGGGCUUGAGAAGUCGUUGUCGGAUCCCCAACACAAUCUUCAGGGGUACCUAGGCGUGCUCAAACGCCUUGAAGAGGCGUUGAGGUUCUUGGGCGAGCAUUGUGGGAUGGCAAUCCAGUGGUUGGGUGAUAUAGUCGAGUAUUUGGAGGAUCAUAAGGUGGCGGAUGACUGGUAUAUCUCGGGUUUGAAGAAGGCGUUGGACAGCCUUCGGAGAUUGGAGGUAGGUGAGGAGAAGGGCCGCCUUGAUGGGGGGCUGUAUGAGGUUGCGUUGAAUAGAUUGGAGAAUGAGUUUAGGCGGCUGUUGACGGAAAACAGUGUUCCAUUGCCAAUGUCGUCUCAAUCUUUGCCUGGUGAACGAGCCUGCAUUGCUCCGUCACCUCUGCCGGUGGCUGUUAUUCACAAGUUGCAAGCUAUCUUAGGGAGAUUGAUUACUAAUGGCCGGCUUGAAAACUGCGUGUCUAUCUAUAUUGAGGUGCGGAGUUCAAAUGUCCGGGCUAGUUUGCAGGCGCUUAAUUUGGAUUAUCUUGAGAUAUCUGUCUCGGAGUUCAAUGAUGUGGCGAGCAUUGAGGUGUAUAUAGCUCAGUGGGGCAAGCAUCUUGAAUUUGCCGUGAAGCAUCUCUUUGAAGCCGAGUACAAGCUAUGCAACGACGUGUUUGAAAGGAUGGGGUUGGACGUUUGGAAGAGCUGCUUCGCGAAGAUAGCUGCGCAGGCUGGAUUUCUCGCCUUCCUGCAGUUUGGAAAGACGGUUACAGAGAGCAAGAAGGAUCCGAUCAAGAUGUUGAAGCUUCUCGACAUCUUUGAUUCCUUAAGCAAGCUUAGGUUGGAUUUCAACAAGCUCUUUGGUGGAGCUCCCUGUGCUGAGAUUCAGAAUCUGACUCGGGAUCUGAUCAAGAGACUGAUUGAAGGCGCGUGCGAGAUCUUCUGGGAGCUUCUGGUUCAGGUGGAGCUGCAGAGGCAGACGCCGCCGCCUUCAGAUUGCAGUAUCCCUAGAGUGGUGACUUUCAUCACUGAUUACUGCAAUAAGCUUCUUGGCGAUGAUUACAAGCCGAUCCUCACGCAAGCCCUCGUGAUCGAGAGAAGCUGGAAGCACGAGAAGUUCCAAGAGCGGAUCCUUGUGAACGAGCUCUUGAACUUGGUUAAAGCCAUCGAGCACAACUUGGAGACGUGGUCCAAGGCUUACGAGGAGGCUGCUCCGUCGUAUCUGUUCUUGAUGAACAACCACUGGCAUUUGUACAAGUAUUUGAAAGAAACGAAGCUCGGUGGCUUACUCGGAGAUUCCUGGUUGAGGGACCACGAGCAGUGCGCGGGGUACUACUCCACCUCGUACCUGCGCGAGAGCUGGGGGAAGCUCCCGGCUCUCUUGAGCCGGGAGGGCUUGAUCUUGUUCUCUGGCGGGCGUGCCACUGCCCGGAACUUGGUGAAGCAGAGGUUGAAGGCUUUCAACGAGGCUUUUGACGAGAUGUACAAGAAGCAGGGGAGCUGGAUCGUUGCAGACAAGGAUUUGAGGGAGAAGACGCGGCAGGUCAUAGUUCAGACGAUUGUGCCUGUUUACCGGAGCUACAUGCAGAACUACGGGCCGUUGGUGGAGCAGGACCAGAGCUCGAGCAAGUAUGCGAAAUACACGGCGCAGUCUAUAGAGAAGAUGUUGGACUCCCUCUUCCUUCCGAAGCCUCUCAAGCACGGGAGCAGCUUCAAGGCGAGGCGCCUCAGUGGGAAGUUCAACAAUGCCGUUGUGGAUCAGUAUAAAGCUUCUCCAACGGUCACUGCGUAGAACGGACGAAGAAGCUUCGUUGUACAUAUUGGCCGAAGAGGUGAAUAACGGAGGCCGUGGCCGUGGUUGUGGUCGUGGUUGGUCGAUGAAGUUUUGACGAGAUGAAGAUCUUGUGCAGUCAAAAGGGAGUAGCCAUAGUUGCUGCUGCUGCUGUUUGGGGUUUUUAGAGGGGAAUUUAGUCUUUAAAUCUAUUCAUUCAUCACUUGUCUCUGUUUGCAAUUUUUAAUAAAUAUUUGUAUGUCUUGUAGCUGUCUGUGCUAUUAUUUUGGGACAAGUUUCUUGAGAAGUUUGAGAACUUGAUUCUUUGGUUAGUAAAGAACGAAGAAUGUGACAAA